AGGGCAGUACUGUAUUUACACACCACGUAUGUUAUCCGUUCAAAAUAACCACAACAUUGUUUAUACGGGUCCAAUUUGACGCUUUAACGGGACUGUUUUGAUCCAUGUCAUCAUUCCGUUAACACCAGAAAGUGCUAGAGAAUACUUUACGUACGUUUGUGGCUUUAAAUUCGUUGUAAAGACAUGAAGAAAUACAGAGAGCUAUGGAGAGUAGAUUCUGUGUUAUGAGGGACACCGAAGACCUCCAAACGCUGAGUUCAAACACUGACAGCAGUCUCCACUUCGAAAGGUCUAAGACACUGUUUGAAGAAAUCCGUGCCUCCAUCAACAACAAUGACGAAGAGGACCGCUCCUUCUGGAGGCCUGUGCUCCCUUGGGGUGGCGUCUUUACCAUCAAAGCAGGGCGGAAGGCCAUAUCAUGCACUCCUCUGUACGUCCAGAUCAACCUCAAAAACACCUGCACCAUCGAUGGCUUCCUCAUGAUCCUGUACGUGAUCCUGCGGGACAACCAGGGCUUCUCCAGGGAGCUGGCUGUCUUCCUGGGCAAGCAGUUUGUGGAUCACUUCCUCUACCUGAUGGACUCCUGUGACUACACUACAGUGAAGAUGCUGUGGAUCUGGGACAGGAUGUCCAAAAGACAGUACCGCUCAGAGAUCCACCAGGCAGCACUGGAGAUCGACCUGUUUGGUAACGAGCAUGAGAACUUCACAGAGAACCUGGAGAACCUCAUGUCCACUAUGCAGGAGAGUCUGUGCACCAACUGGGCCUGCCCGGCUCGCUACCAGGAGUUCAAGAGCACAAUCACCAUCAGCCCUCCUCAUGAGCUGCCUCACAGAGACCCCAUUCAGUCGGCCGUGGACGAGUUCUUCUGCCCCAAACUGCUGCUCUGCUCAGAACUGGGGUGUGGUGGUCUAAGGGAGUUCUCUCAGAGGAUUUUCUGCCACGGGCCGCCACCAUUUGUCAUUCUCAACAUGCAGCUGUGGAAGUCAGAGGCGUUGUCCUAUGUUCCUUACCAUCUGGCUCUCUGUCAGCACAGGUAUUUGCUAGAGGGCGCCACACUCUUCAACAAAGAGGAGCAUCACUACUCUGCGGCCUUCCAGAUAGACGGCUGCUGGUUGCACUAUGACGGCCUGAGGAGUGACAAUCUGAUCCUGUUACACAAGCCACCAGAGCUCCUGCUGCUGUCCUCUCUGGUCUACAUCCGCGCCUCCGACAAGUGAACUCAUUUAAUCACAAGAGUAAAGCAUUCAUCCACCCUUCUUCUGAUUGUUCUGUCAAGACUCCAUUACAUGACUGUGAUCAAGUUUCACUACUUACUGCACAAUCAGUUUUUUAUAAUUGAUUCUUGUCAGCUGUUGCUUCCUCUGUUACUGUAGCUGUAUGAGUGCUGAAUGACACCUGCUCCACUUCAGGUGAAUGCUUGCAGAAAUGCAACUGACUUCUUUUGGGCAUGCUUGGAAUCCAAGAAUAUAAUGGACUAUAAUAGUUCUGGGUUGAUAUGCAUAAAUGACAAUAGCAGUGAGUGAUGCACAUUGUAUGCAUAUGACCUGACACAGGGGACAUCGAUAGGAUUUUCAUUGUGGUUGUUAAAUGGAUUACACUCUUGAGGGAAUGUUUGCUAUCCAACUGCCUUGUAUAGGACAGACUUUAUAUUACAUUACCAUCACAAUUUUGGCUUUUACAUGUAUGUGUAUCUGCCUUUUCCUUAAAUUGAACAGGUGCUUUUUUUCUAUUUACACUGUUUUGAGGAUAAGAAACAGCUGAACAAUGCCAAGGACCAUGUCAGGGUUACUUUUUUAUUGUUAAGAUGCAUAAAUUCAUGGCAAGCAUGGCAAGUGUUUCAUGACUGUUAAGAUACAAAGUUCUUAAAUUUCAUAUAAAGGUUGAAGGCUGUCUAAAAUAUUUCUCUUCUUACAUUACAAGCUUAAAUAUUGCCUGCUUUGCUUCCAGGGCACCAAGCUGGCAGCAUGUUAAUGAUACAUUCAAGCAUUUUAAAGGAACACUUCACCUGCAAAAUGAUCAUUUGUAUAUCAGUUACUCACUCAGUUAUGCUAAAUCUGUUUAGAGAACUGUUUUUCUAGCAAGCCACCAGGGUGAACGGAGAAUCCAAAAAAAGGCAAGCCUUCAUGAUGAAUUGAAGUCAAUGGGGUCCACAUUUUACAACAGCUAAAUUAAAUCAAAACAUCCAUUUAUAGACUCUCACACAACUUGCGCAGUGUAAUUCAAGACUCCUUUAUCCAGUCAUAUGUUCAGUGCUUCCUAGAGACAUGCAUAUUUGCUGACAAUGUUACAAUAUAUAACACGUCCUGCCCACUAAUAGCGUGCCCUGUGUGUAUGAGCUCCACUUGAGCAGAGUUUAAAGGCACCAGCGUCCCCAGACACGCUACUGAGACUAAUCGUACUAACGUGUUUCAAAUCGUAAUGUUUUAGUGAUAAUGCAUGUUUGGGAAUUGCUGACCACGGUACUAGGAUUAUACAGACUUGGAGUAAUACUGCACGAGUUGCGUGAGAGUUUGUAAACGGAUGUUUCGAUACAGUUUUGGUGUUAAACACAAUAAUUCUGUUCACUUCAAUUCAUGAAUAUUUUGUAUGUUUGGAUUCUCCGUUCAUCAUGGAGGCAUGCAACACAGUCUGUUCACGAAAUAGUGUUACACGGGGGAGUAAUUGACACACAAACGGUCAUUUUGAUGGUGAAGUAUUCUUAACUGUAUCUCACCACACACUGCUGCUGCACAGGAACAUGUUUUCAUGUUAUUUUUUUUUUAUAAAUGGUCUUUAACCUUAAAUAAUUUCUAUUAUCACAAAGUGCCUCUGCCAGGGAAAAUUUUGUUAAAGUGAUUCCUUGAUUAUAAUUAAUUGUGACUUGCUCUUUUUCUAUGGAGAAUACAAAUACAAAUAUUUUGGAGUAAACUCGCAUUGAUUUCAUUUGUCGCACUUGCAUGGCAUGGGGUGUGUUCAACAAGAGCCACAUGAAAGCAGACAUUACCUUUUAAGGCAGGCAUUUAUUUUAAACUGGGUACAACUGCACCACACAAACUGACUAAAAUGUAUGUAAAAUGUCUUCAAUCAAAACAUGAUAAAAUGUGAAAAGCUACUGUUUCUACACCUAAGGUUAUCUUGUACUUCCAGUAUUAAUCCACAGGAUAUAAAAUUCAAGAUCGUCACCUUAUCUCCAGACACACAAUGGGAAAUGUAAAAGAAGCAGAGUGGUCAUUUUGGCUAACAUUGACAUCAGUUUCAAAGGAUUUUUUUUCUUCUUCUUUCAGACACAAACAUUAGAGUGGCAGUCCAUUUUUGCAGACCAGGUGUUAGUCAUCCAUCUGCUCUCUUUGAACAAGCACUUUGGUGAGAGUGGUGGCAAAAACAUGACAUUGGUUAGGCCAUAAUGAAAAUGCGUACAAACUCAAAAUUCUCAGCAUCCCUUGUUUUUGCAGAUUCACGUUUGCAGAUUUUCAUCAGCGUCUCUCCGAAAUCCAUGAAAGUAGUUAAUAUACACCUCAGAAAUCAUGACACUGAACAUACACGUAUCGAUGCUAGAUGAACAAUGGCUGCAGCACAUAAUUACGCCUGCGUGAUUUGUGCUGUGGCUGUUAAGUGACUGACAAAAUAAUCUAGCACAACAGACAGGAUUAGCAAACAAAAUCAGGUUAUAAAACAACAAACAAUACAAAUUAUGAAUACAAAAAAA